AUGACAGAGCGGGUAACCAAGCCAAGAGGAAGAAAGAAGAAAGAGACGGCAAGAGCUACAAUGGUGAUUCGUGGGAACGAGGAUGAUCAGCUAUCAGCAGCCCCGCGUCCUAUCCUUCCUCAAGGCAAAGUCGCAAUCAAGUCAAGCCAGCCGUCAUCACCGUCGUCAAACUCAACACCACCUUCCGCAACCGGGGAUACUGAUAGAGUGGAGCAAGCCAUAGUAGCCAUCCGCUACCAGUACAGGCCUCCCAUAAUGAAUCAACCCUCAAGAGUUUUGCCGGAAGCUCUAGAUACCGCUUUCCUUUCUCACUACGUUGAGAUGAACAAGGGUGGAAGUCAGUACGCGCCUGAAAUCCAAUGGCUCGGCCAUAUACACCAGAUUCACACCAACGCCAGAAAGCCUGCGGUCCGGUUGUCUCUCCGGGCGGUCUCAAUGGCAUACUUCGGAAAACAUCAUCACGAUCCGAGCAUUCUUGUUGACUCCUGGAGGUGGUAUACUAUAGCUCUGAGCGCUCAGAGAACAUCCAUAGCAAGACUAAAGAAGGACGCUAUUCCUGACGAAGAAGAGGUUUUGGUACCUCUCAUCAUGUCCUUGUACGAACUAUAUGUAGGCGCGACUGCAUCUGGCGCCAUGACUCAUAUCGCGGCUGCGGCCCAGAUAAUGAAUAUGCGCGGGCCGAGCAACUGUGGGUCAGGUGUCAUCUGGCCACUGUUCAAGGGCGUGCGCAGCUCUGAUGCGCAUAAAUGUGUAGUCUUCAACAGGACGUCGGUCUACUCCUCGCCAGAUUGGAUGACACUACCUUUCAUUGACAAGCCACGAGAUGCGCACCAAAGUCUUGCGGAUAUCGAGCUUCAGAUUCCUCCUUGUAUGGCCACUUUCGAGAUACCCGGCUCAAUGCGUGUGCUUUUCUCGACCCCUAUACCGUCACAUGUUGACGUCCGCCCUGCCAAACAAAUGGCAUGCAAACUUUUGAGAGACCUCGACCAAUGGGCUUUAGCAUAUCCUCACCUAGCCAGCAUCUCCGGAAGCCCAUGUAGAACACCUGCACCCAUGGAGAAGGCACUGAUUGCAUCGAAUUACAUCGCCGACCGCCUCGUCGUCAACAUGCUCAUGUACAAGAUGCACACUGAAUCAACCGCGCCGCUGGAGCCAUAUGAAAAUACGACUGCGCAUUAUUACGACGAAGCCACCAAAGCGGCUACAUCUAUCCUGGAGGCUGCAAUGGAAAUCGAACGGGCGCAAACUCCGGGUUUCGACAUGUUACGUAGUAUCGCGCCGGUCAUGGCAGUUGCUUUCUCUGCCCCGACUUUGGAGCUCAGAAAAGACGCGGUAGAAAUGAUGACAAGAUGGGCAGGCAAGAUUGGCGGGCUUGGUUCGGUAAUCAGCGCGAUCUAA